AUGUCUCUUGUAGGUGCUCACACUUAUGCAACAUCAUAUAGGAGUAAACGAUCUAGUGAAACAAGUCCCAACCAUAUGAGCCAAGCUCGAUGUCCUAAAGUAGUGUUGCCAAUGGAUCGUAAAAGGGCUGGGAGCAAGGCGAAUACGUUAUUCUCUAACGAUUUGCAAGAGUAUGGGACGGCCGAAGCAGGGCGUACAACGGGUACACAAAACAGCAAGACGCUGCUCGAGGCUGGCAUCGUGUGCCCUAAAGCCCUUAAAGACAUGUUUUGUGAACUUGUUAACCAUGCACUGGUGUUUUCAGGUCUACAAAUGGAUCACCUUAUCAUGGAUUUACUCCAAGGAGAUGUAUGUCGUGUGAGCAGACUGGGAAGAUGGCUCAAAUACCCAACUUAA